AUGAAAGAACCCAUUAUUGGCCAAGAUGCAAAAGAUCACCUUUUAGUGGCUUCUAACAUGACUGGAGUGUCUACGUCGCAGUUGGACGCGGAUGAGAAGACGGCAUGGAUUUUUGCAUUUGGUGUACUUCUUGUUGUGGCUACAAUGGGCAAUAGCUUAGUCACAUGGUUUAUAAUAGCUCGACGACGAUUGGCCAAAGCUCAUAGUUGCUUCAUGUUGAGCCUCACAAUAGCUGAUUUUGCUAUGCUCUAUUUAGAAGGCAUCUUCAAUUUCAUUUACAUCCUUGAUGGGCACUGGCGAUUUGGAACUACAUACUGCAUGAUCGAUAGAUUCCUCUCUGAACUAACUAAUGCAGCAAGCAUCUUUACAUUAACCGUUACAUCUUACGACCGAUACCUGGCAAUUGUAAAACCUUUUUUCCCGAGAUCGACACGGAAAAGGGCGGUUCUUACCAUUUUCACCUGCUGGAUCAUCGCUGUGACUCUUGCUACACCCAAUCUUCUGUACUCGAACGAAUUCAUCUCGUCUGGCGAGGAUUUGACUAAGUGCGAAAUUGUAUGGCCUGAACAAGACGUGAUACUCAACAAUUACUCGUACAGAAUUCUAGUAUUCCUAAUUACGUACCUUCUGCCAUCGGUGUCAAUGGCCUAUUGGAACUUCCGGAUCGCCGUCGUACUAACAACAAGUACCGUCCUAACCGUCGAGGACGAUGGAAUGCGAAAUAAUCUCCAGCUAAGUGUCCUAAUCAAGAAAAGAAAAAAUUUAGCAGGUGGCAUGUGGGCGAUAUUGGUCAUCUUCUGUUUGUGCUGGCUACCCUAUCAGACGUACUUGAUGUACCAGGCUUUUCAGACGGAAGAGAAUGUCACGACGAAACGGAUUUACAUGAGCGUUUAUUGGCUGGCCAUAGCAAAUGCUGCCGUUAAUCCAGUAUUGUUUUAUCGCCUGGAUAAACAGUAUCGCGAAUGCGUACGUACCUUUUGCAAAAGAAUCAGCAAUUGUUUUGAGACGCCUGCGUAAUGGAUCCCAGCAGCAAUUUCCCUAAUUACGAUGGAGCUACACAAGCUUAAUUCUUGUAGGACAUCGUUAAU